GCAUGCUUCCAUCGUCAAAGUCCUAAUUGAACAUCAAAAAUCCCAACAUCGUCAAGAUGUCGAAAGUGGAGUACGCGUUGAAGCUACUACGGAGAUGAUUGCGAAGCUGAACAAAGAGAGAGACACGGCCUUACAUGAGGCUGUACGUCACAAUCACAUUGACGUGGUAAAACAGUUACUAAUGGAGGUAGAUCCAGAAUUUUCGUUUGGUGCUAAUGCUGCUGGUGAGACCCCACUUUACUUGGCUGCCGAGAGUCACGUUCCAGCUUUGGUGUCAGAAAUUUUAAAAAAAUUGAAGUCACCAGCUUAUGAUGGCCCCUUGGGUAGAACGGCUUUGCAUGCUGCAGCAUUUUGGGAUGAUGAAGGAAUGACCAAAAACAUUUUGGAAAGAGGAGGCGAUCUAUGUAAACGAGCAGACCAAAAUGAUUGGACUCCGCUUCACAUGGCUGCAUACAUGGACAGCAUUAAGGCAACAAAACUAUUGCUGGAAUCUGAUAGAAAGGUAGCAUAUAUGAAAAACGCAGAGGGUUGGACAGCUCUUCACAUUGCAGCUCUCCGCAACAAAGGAAGAGUAACAAAAGAGAUUAUAUCAAUGUGUCCGGAUUGUUGCGAAGUGGUUGACAAUGAAGGCCGGAAUGCACUCCAUCUCGCCGUGAACAACUCGCCAAGUGCAACGCCAAUCAUCCAAGAUUAUUCGUCUCUACGGAAUCUUUUGAAUCAGAAGGACAACGACGGGAAUACACCUCUCCAUUACUAUUGCAUUAAUUCUGUUGCUUACGACGAGCGUCUCCUGAAAUCUCCAAGAGUUGACAAAAUGGUCUUCAACAAAAAGAACCAGACUGCUUAUCAAAUCUUAUCAAGUAAAAGCUUUCAAACUGAUCCUGAUGAGAAGAAGCUGAGCGAUUUUCCUAAAGACCAAAAAAACUUUAGCUACCUUUACAUUCAACGAGUAUUAGAAGUUGGGUAUGAUAAAACUAAGAAGAAGAACCCGAAGGAAGAGGAGGUGGAGUGGAAGCAGGAGAGGGAGAAGAGGAUAGAGACGGAGGAUAAAGCGGCUCAAGCCCAUUUGGUAGUUGCUGCACUCAUUACAACUGUGACCUUUGCAGCAGGCAUUACCAUGCCCGGGGGGUUCGUUGGUGGAGAUGAUCAUCCACAUCCAGGCUCUGCAGUUUUGAGGAAAAGUGCUGCUUUCAAAGCAUUCAUCCUUACAAAUGCCUUAUCGUUGAUUCUAUCUAGUUCUGCUAUAUUUAUCCACCUAUUUAUUCCACUUAUCCGUACUAAUGCUAAAUACUUCUUCAAAAAGCGCACAAGUUUUCUUCAAAUGGCCUUUUGGUUCCUUCUUUCCUCCAUCGCACCAAUGGUUUUGGCAUUUGUGACAGAUAACAGAGGGACCAUAAUGAAACUUGACUUUAAAAGAAUUUUCUCAAUGAAGCAUCAGGAAUACAAGAUCCCCUUUUCAUAA